AAUUUUGAAGGAGGGAUCUUUUGUGGAGAUGUCGCACAAGGAAGAGUCUCGUAUCUUUGUGGGGGGCCUUUCAUGGGAGACCGGCGAGCGGCAGCUCGAGCAGGUGUUCAGCCGCUUCGGCAAGGUUCUCGAGGCCCAGAAUUUGGUUAUCAUCACUAGAGACACCUUGGAUGGAUAUUGUGAUACAUUCUUGGCCUGUUAACUUGCAUCAAAUUCUCGGAGACUGCUUUCACUUGAUCAGUGGUGUGUGAUAAGAAACAGAGGGUUUCAAUAUGGCUAGCAUGCUCAAAAGGAUCAUGCUCACCACCUUUAGAUAUGCUGAAUGCGAGUUUAUGUGAAGCAGUUAUAUUCAGUUACCUGCUCAUUCUACAUGGUUCCGCUUAGCUGGGAGCACUUGACCUUGUCCCUAUGUCAGUCAACCAUCCACAGCUCAGCUUCAAGGAUCCACCAUAACUUAAAAAUAUCAGUUAUUUUUUGUGCUAGCCAAGGCAGUUCUGUGUUGUGGUUGUCUGUUGACAAUGGGGAGUUGGACUGGAUCAAAGAUUGUCUCAAAUCCUUGCUCUUUUCUAUGUCUGAAAGAGCCAUUUUGUGCAAUGUAGUUAGUGUCGCCAGAGUGAUCAUAUGCAGUUAUGCGAUAUUGAUAGUCAAACUAUGACUUUAUGCCAAUGAACAUCAUGAUAGAAUUUUGUGCAUGAGAGACUAUUGGCCCUUCAUGUUUGAAUUUCCUGAGAAGUUCACUAUCAACUGGUUUGUUUUGUCAACAUGUGCAGUGGGUAUAAGGUUCUGAUCAAAUUGUUUAUUUUGUAAUGAGGUGUCUUCUUUAUUCACCAGACUCAUCUUGGAGGGAAGACCAGUAUACCCAAGAUGCCAUGGUCUAGGAUGUAUCUAUAUCCCACUUAUCUUCUAGGAUCAGCAUCAAGGGCUGUGCAGCACUUUCCAAAUAACUUGAGAAGAUUUUGCUUGGCUCCAUACAACUGAGUGCCAACUCAAGAAAUUGUGUUUGCUAACCUCUGUUUUUGCUGAGGAAACCUGUCAUGGUCUUGCCUAAAUAAUCAUCCUCGGUGUUGGUGACCAGUCCGAUUUGGGAAUGACUUCUUAGCUGUAGCAGUAAUGUAUUAUAGAUAGCAGUCAUUUGAUGCCUCUAUUUUUUUUCUUGCAUUUACAAAAUACACUAGACACACCAACUACAUUGCUGCCAGACUUGCAAAUUUUGGUUAAUUUGACAAGCUCAUAGUUCAGCACAUAUGGUGCAAAUGCUGGUUGCAUAAUGUUGGGUACUGAAAUUAGAUUUUUCUGCUGUUCCAUGCUGGUUGCAUAAUUUUUUUUCCCCUUUCCUUUCUGGUUACUGCCAGAUUGGGAUGGUGGAGCAGUGUGCUGCUUGGUCAGUGUUGUCCAAGUAGAAUGGCAUAUAUCACUGAAUUAUCUGCAAGGAUAUGGAGACCAGUUUUACCUGAAAUGUUGUCACUUAUGCACAGAUAGGCCAUGUUGUACCUGCUCCUUAUGUUCCAUGCACUUUCUAGGACAUCCAGUUUUGACAAGUACUUGGUGAAACUGUUCUUAUGAUUCCUUCUGGUGGUGAUUACCCCGGGUUAGGUGGAUUGCCAGCUCUAUCAUAAGGCCUAUGUUUUCAUAUUGAUAUCCUUGAUAGUCAGUUUAUACCAGAUGAAUGAAAAUAUUUUGCAGUUUCACUGGUUCUUAUGGGUAAAAGUUAUCCUAGCGGAACCAUCAUCUCAAUAAUACAAAUCAUGUGCCAAUUUAUUAGCCUGUGGCCAUGCUUGUCAUAGUGUUGGGUAAUAGUUGUUUAUUUUUAGUAGUUUGGGUAAUGGUUGGAGCCUGGAGGCUUUGUUUGAUGAAGAGGUUGCUUCAGUCUUUUGGCCUUAAUGAUGUGACUUGUUAGCUUUUCAACAAGGGUUGUUAUUGAAAGAUCUGAUGUUUUCUUCAAAGCUUCUUGACUCUCAGCUAAAUAGAAAAUUCUUUUUGGAAAUUUCACUUUUAACUGCACUGGCUAUUUGCCUUCACGGAAUUACAAAUGUUGGUUAAGUAUCAGCAUUUGGAGUGCUGCUGGCACAACAGCCAUGAUGAGAGCUGGAAGAAGUAUGAUCUUUUGUGAUGUGGUUGAGCUAUUGUUAGUUUUUGUCUACGGUACUUAAGUGGAUUUUAUCAGUAAUGCAUGAAAGUAUUUGUCCUCUGAUGAGAUAUAUUGCUUGAUGGAAUGAAUGCAUCAGUGGUAAAGGGUGAAAGUGUGCUGGUCAAAUUUGUUAAUGGAUAUUAUGAACGGCCAGAUUGAUGAUAAAGUGUAUCUUGGCUAUUUGGGAGCUGUUAUUCUUGUUGAUAUUUGGGUACAAGUUAUGAACAGUGAUUUGGCUACUUUUUUUGGAAAUGAGCUGAAGAUAAGUACAUGCCAUCUGAUGAAUAAUGUGCUACAUUCUGUAAGCAUGGCUAGACUAGUCAGGGUAGUCUGUGGCUUCUCAGUAAAGACGAUAUCAGUUGGACAUGUCUGAAUGUGUAUUCGGACCCUCGACUCGCUUGAUUGUGCUUCAUAGUUGCAUCAAAAGUAUACCGUUAUUUAUUUUUUAUCAUUCAGGUCAUGCUAGAGAGAGACACUGGCCGCCCUCGUGGAUUUGGAUUUGUGACCUUUGCUGAACCACGGGCUGUGGAGGAUGCUAUCAGAGAGAUGCAUAACCAGGAGCUGGAUGGUCGGGUCAUUUCAGUGAACAAGGCCCAGCCUAAGAUGAGUUCAGAUGACGACACUGGCUAUGGUUAUGGUGGUGGGGGCUAUUCGUCAGGUAGCAGAGGAAGCUAUCGUGGUGGUGGAGGUGAUGGCUUACCGCCUAUAGGGCGCAGUGAUUGCUUCAAGUGUGGGCGUACGGGACACUGGGCUCGUGAGUGUCCUUCAGCUGGUGGAGGUGGUGGAAGAUUCUCUUCUCGAUCCAGGUUUGGUGGUGGUGGUGGGCGUGGGGAUCGUUUUGGAGGGCCAGACCGCUAUCAUGACCGUUACAUGGAUGAUCGGUAUGAUGGAGGCCGUUAUGGGGAUCGUGACCAUCUUGACAGCAGGGACAGUAGGUAUGGUGGUGCACGUGAUCGCUAUGGCAAUGAUCGUUAUCCACCUGGUGGCGAUCGGUUUUCUGGUGAUAGAUAUGGUGGGGGGCCAGAUCGUUACCCUCAAAAUGGAUAUGGCAAGGAAAGAGGCUACGACAGAGAUGGACCAAGGGGUGGCAGUGGCUACGACAGAGAUGGACCAAGGGGUGGCAGUGGCUAUGAUAGAGAGGGACCUAGGGGUGGUGGUGGCUAUGACAGAGAUGGCCCAAGGGGUGGUGGCAGUGACAGAUAUGGAAGUGGUGGACCUGCACGUUAUGAGGGGGGUGGUAGUUAUAGGGACAGACCUGGGCCCUAUGAUCGACCCAGUAGGGGUGGACGCCCAUCAUCCUAUGAUGAUCGUUACUAAGGCAUGUUGCUUGCUGUUAUGGGAAUGCUGCUGGUGCAUGUAGAUUGCAUUAGGUUACUUCCCUGGGUGCUACAGAAUUUUGGAUGUUGAUAUAUGGUUGUGCAUGUGAUAUUUUAAGAUAUGUUCCAGACCGGUGCCAUGAUUUUAUUUUGUUUUUAGUACUCAGAACUAUGUUUAUCUUUUUUGCUUCGAGCUCGUAGAACACACUCUGAAUCGAUCUUGCAAGCUGUUGCUGCUUGGUCAGUUGUGUAUUUUCUAGGCAGUGCAUAUGGCUUCUGGAUCUUGCAGCCCUCACUGCUGUAAUCAGAAUCUUUGUUUCUUUCAGACUUCUAAUGCAGCAUCUACAGAGAGGUGAAAUGAGCAUCACGGUGAGUGUUUUUAAGUUGAAAAUUUCACCAAUCAUUAUAAUGAAGGUUGCCUUUCAGUUUUUGGUCAUGACAAUGCUCGGCUGGUUUGAGAUAUUUCCAGUGACUUUUUGGAAAUACAUCUGCUAAUAGUGUAUCGGUGGUUUGGUCAGUUUUUAUUGCAUUACUCUUUAUUGUGGAAGCUCCUCAGAUCUGUGUUUGAACCAGUGAAGAUGUCAGCAACUGAGCUGAUAAAUUUGGUUUUAAAGUCCUGUAUUUGCUUGCAGUAGCAAAAUGCGAACUUGCUGCGGAGAAGCUUGCAGUAAUCAGGAUGUUGACCAGCUUUUUUAAAGUUUUGCACUCGGGUUUAUAGUAUUGUAUGUUCAAUUGUCCUGGACUAUAUGACCUUAGAACCAACGAAUAAGGGUGCAGAAAUUCUCAGGAACAGGGAGGAUUCCUUCUAUAUCUUGGUCUUGUUUAAUGUACCGGCCCCAGCACCCAGUAACCUGUUGUGAAGUUCGUGGUGAUCAGGAUAUGAUGAUCAGCCUGCCUCUAGUUUUGCUUUUGUUUUUAUGCACCGGUAUUAGUCUAUCAACGAUUGUCUUAAUGAGUCGUGUUACCUUAGAACUCUGAACUGACGAGGGCAGACUUAGCUUCUGGAGAACAGUGAGGUUCUCUCUGCCACCCAGGUCCCUGCAGGUGCCGUGGCAGGCGCGUGCAAUUGCUCGAACCUAGUUUUAAAAUGUGAUGCCUGCAUUGGCUGUACAGUGUUAGUGGGAUUUGUAAUAUUUUCUCCAGCACUCGCAGUUCGGCUGCUGAUCCAUCUACUACGAUGUUGCUUGCCUUCCAGCGGACCGACAUGACUUCCAUACGUCCAGAGUAGGAUUUAUCUGAGACGAGGCACUUGUUUAAUGAUCGAAGAACUCCAGUUCUUGUUCACGUGAAGAGCCUUCUUUGUCAGCAUAGAUUGUGUAUGACCGUUUAACCUAUUGUUGAUAAAUAAACAGAGAUCUCAAAACGAUUGCCUUUGGGUUGUUUUGGUUGAUCGUUCCUUGGUGCACUCACUGAUGCAUCUCACGUUCUCAGAAUGUCCUUCACCUUCAGCUGAUGAGCAUGUGGGAUUGAAAGGAUGUGAAAGAGAUUUUACUUCACAUGUUCUGGUUAUAGUUGAUACGGAAAAUAGACAUUGAUUCUUUUCACUUAUUCAUUGUAUCUUAUUUAUGCAAAAAUAUAUUUAAAUCACAUUUUUAUGGUGAUUGAGCUUGAAUGAUUCAUUCCCAUGAAAAAAUGGAUUAUUUUCGGCCCUUGUAGCC